ACUCCUGGUUUUAUUUGAUUUAGUUGCAGUAUUAGGGAAAACCUUUGGCUGUACAGGCCUUUAAGAAAAGACAGAGGAUAAUCUAUUUAAGGAUCCUCAGAAUGAGAGAUCUACAUUUUUCUCCAUAGUAUUUGAAGUCUUUACCUGGCUGUACACUCAGAAAGAUUCUGCCCAAACUCUUAACUUUUACAUAAUUUAAUUACAUGUAAAUUUCCCGAGUAAUUUUGUUAAAUAUUUGGCGUGUAAAAUGUUACAUUUAAUGGAAUCUGGUCAAAUUAAAUUAAUUGUGCUGCUGUGUUGGUGACGCAGUUGGACGGGAUGUACGCCUGAGCAGAUUAGCGCUUGACCUGCAGGAUUUGUUGCUGGAGACGCACCUGAUUCACGGGAAGUAGAAAGAAUGAUCUGGAUUUAAAUUUACCGUGACCAAAGCGAAGCCAUGGCAGGUUUUAUGCAUUGCAUUUUUCGGGGAGUUUUUUGGGCAUUUCUCAUCUGAGAUCUGAUGAUGUGCGAUAUUCCUGCUGCCAGCGGAAACGUGUAAUCCCUCCCAGAUUACGGCGCACUGAUGGAUUGCGUCCUGUCGUCCAGUAGGCUGGCACUAGGGCCUAGCCAAACGAAUCCAACCGGUAUGCCUGCAUCCUGACUGCUGAGGUGAAACCACUCAGGGCAGGUCAUUCUGUAGGCACCUGCGUCCCCGUCGGUGCCAAAGACGAUGAGGAGAGCUGUACUCAAAGAAGCCGCCAAGCGAUUCCCCUGGCUGGCUAAUGUCACCUUGUACGGAUGCUUAUUCGCCGGCGGUGACCUAGUCCACCAGCUCAUCGCUCAGAAGGAGCACAUGGACUGGAAACACACUCGCAAUGUCGCCAUCGUGGCAAUCAGCUUCCAGGGAAACUUUAACUACUUCUGGCUACGCGCCCUGGAGAGGCGCUUCCCUGGAAAGUCCGCCGGGAUGGUUUUCCGCAAACUGCUGCUGGACCAAAGCUUCGCGUCGCCUUUGGCCACCAGUGUCUUCUACACCGGGGUGAGCUUCUUGGAGGGAAAGGAGGACGUCUUUGAGGACUGGAGGGAGAAGUUCUUCAACACCUGGAAGACUGGACUCAUGUACUGGCCAUUCAUGCAGUUCCUCAACUUCGUCCUGAUGCCGUUGUACAUGCGGACUGCCUUCAUGGGCUGCUGCGCCUUCCUCUGGGCCACCUUCCUGUGCUUCUCUCGGCAGAACGGCGAUGGCACGGCCGGAGUGGCUUUUGCGUUCAUCAUGGACCCACGUAAAACUCUGGAGGAGAUGCGUGAGGCCCGGCUGGCCCGGAAGAAGCAAAAGACCCAACGGGAAAACUAAAGCGAGGAGGAAGGAAUGGAAGAGGAAGCCGCUUCAGUCAUUCAGGUUGUUGAGCCGUGGAGGAAAGACCGAGAGUUCGUUACCUCCACUUAAACCAGCACGAUGAGAGCUGAGGAGCGAAUGAAAGCAAAAUCACUGAAUACUCUCACUGUCUGUCACAAGGUUUGACUGAUGUGGAUUUUGAAGGCGAGUUUUUAAAUUAAGGGCAUUGAUUGACAGGCAGGAGUCUGUCAAGGAAGUUUAUGAGUCCAGCGUGUUUUAUUGAUUCUUUUUAUGGCGAUGAACGUUUUUAGGAUUUAUGAAAAUAUGAUGUUGUUUGCGUACCAAUUUAAAGGCUCUCACAGCUACAGGAGAAUCUUCUAAAGCUACACAUUAAUGCAGUACUCCAGCUGGUACCCAGAACUCUUUAGUCAGUUUUGGUUAGAUCAGUCUGGUAACAUCCACAAGGGUCAGCCUCAGGGUUCAGUAAGCGUCCGUCCUUUUUCAUGCAUUUUUAAUCUUUUUGGAGCAACCAUAGGUAAAAGUCCCGCAGCUCUGCUCACUUUUCUUUAAACCCUCUCCCUUAUUUUGCAUCUUUAUAUAAAGCAAUGGUAAAUCAUACGAUUUAGCUGUGCACAAGCGACAACAUGAAGCUUGUCCUUCAUUUCUCGUUGCAAAGGUUCAUUCGGUGUGAAAACUUGUUAUUAUAUUUACUUCGAGUACACUGUGAGUCAAGGUCAGGUCAUUAAACUGGUUCCUGCUCAGGCAAGCAUGAAGGCUCAUUUAAACUCAUUAGAUCAGGUUAUUUAAUGUGUAGCUGAGACUUUUUUUGGGUCAAAUGAGGCUGCUGGUCGUCACCAUUCAACCUCAGGGAGCUUAGAAACACACCAAGAAGCUGCUGAGAUGCACUAUACUGCCAAAAGUAUUUGCUCUUCUUCCUUCCUUUGACCAUUCAUCCACAAGCACCUUUGUGAGGUCAGACACUGAUGUUGGAUGAGAAGGCCUGCCUCACAGACUCGGCUCUAAUUCACCCCAAAUGUCUCUUAUCAGGUUGAGGUCAGGACUCUGCAGGCCAGUCAAGUUCUUCCACACCAAACUGACUCAUUCACGUCUUUAUGGACCCUGCUUUGUGCACUGGUGUGCAGUCAUGUUGGAACAGGAAGGAGCCAUCCCCAAACUGUUCCCACAACAUUGGGAACAUGAAAAUGUCCAAAAUGUCUUGGUAUGCUGAAGCAUGAAGAAUUCCUUCCAUUGGAACUGAGGGCCAAGCUCAGCUCCUGAAAACAACCCCACACCAUAAUCCCCGCUCCACCAAACUUUACACUUGGCGCAAUACAGUGAGAGAAGUACUGUUGUCCUGGCAACCACCAAACCCAGACUCGUCCAUCAGAUUGCCAGAUGGAGAAGUUUGAUUCAUCACUUCAGAGAACACAUCUCUGCUGCUCUAGAUGCUUUACACACUGCAUCUGACCCUUUGCAUUGCACUUGGUGAUGCAAGGCUUGGUUGCCAUGGAAACCAGCGAUCAACCUCUGCUCACUAUGCACCUCUGCAUCCGCUGACCUGUGAUUUCAGGUCGGUCUACCUCUUUGUAGCUGAGUUGCUCUCUUUCUCACUCACUUCCACGUUUCUUUUUUAUAAAACCACUAACAGCUGACUGUGGAAUAUUUAGUAGCGAAGAUAUUUCAUGCCUGGUCUUGUUGCACAGGUGGCAUCCUAUCACGGUACCACGGUGAAAUUCACCGAGCUCCUGAGAGCGACUCAUCCUCUCACUAAUGCUUGUAGAAGCAGUCUGCAUGUCUAGGUGCUUGGCUGUACACGCCUGUGCUCAUGGAAGUGAUGCAACGCCUGAAUUCAAUGAUCUGGAUGGGUGAGUGAACACUUUUGGCAAUAUAGUCUAUUUUUGCUCUGGACCAAAGUGAAGCAAACAGCGAUGAAUCAGCACUAAAGCAGCUGCAGGGCUAAAGCUGAACAGCAGAUGUUUGCAGCUGUGGUGACGUCUCGACUUCAAACAUCGCAGGUUUCACUUGAAAUAAACGGGGACGUUUUAUCUGACAUAUCGAGCCACAGCUACUGGUUCCUGAUCUGAUCUGAGCCUGCAGCUCAGCGGAGCUCCUGAGACCAGUUUCAAGGGCUGAUAUUUCUGCUUUAUACCAGUCGUGCCUUUUUCUGUUGACAACAAGUCUGCAGAUGUGUUUGGCUGACUGGUGACUGCCAUCAGUUACAAUCAAUGCUACGAAAGAUGUGUGUUGCUGUAUAUUUAUGUGUGUAUGUACAAUUAAAAACGUAGUUGCGCUGGGAUGCACUGACGUAUCUGCAGGAUAAAAACUCAGAAAGGUUCACUCUGUGUGAUUGUGCUCAGUAAAUGUCAAAGUAAUCAAACUUGAGAAUUUAAAAGAAUACCCGCUAAUGCCACUAGAUAAGUAAUAUUAAAAAUAAAUAUACAUGAAGGAUCGAGCAGGCAGGUGAGCAGUUAGACAGUAAAGAUAGAUGACUGUCAGUUACUUGCAUCAGGUGGCUUAGAAAUGUGGUGGGGACCUUUUUAAAGGAGGCAGUUGAGAUGGUUUGGGCAUCCAGCUAGAAUGUGUCCUGGGCACCUCCUUUUGGCCGAUUUCAGGACACACCCAACUGGGAUGAGACCCUGGCCUAGACCUAGACCUUCUUGGAGAGAUUAUAUAGCUCAUUUGGUCUAAGAACACCUGGCCUGGGCAGCCUGCUGCUAGUUGGACACAACUUUGGAUUGGUGGGAGAUCAUAAAUGGAUUGAUGCACAAGUAGAAUUACAGAUGUUUCCUCCUUACCUCCUCCCUUCCUGCCCCUACAAGCGUGCAAACGUAACCUAAACCUCACGUUUAUGUGGAGAAGAAGCGACUGACCUGAUGUCCUGUUUCCUGAGAUGCGGUGUUACCAGAAAACAUCUGUAUCAAUACAGAUACACAAGAAGAAGAGUUAGACCAUUACUAGAAGGUUACUUUACUUCACUGAAGGCCUGGAGGGAACCCAGAGGGCUCAUUAUAAGUUAUUAGAGCAGGAUACGUAUCAGUGCAUCCCACUUCUGCUGUGUUUGGUAGUUUGAAAUGUGAAGUUACAACAUUUGAAUCCUGUUCUGUUACUUGAACCAUCCAAUACAGGUGAGUGACAAAUUAAAGGAAAAGUAAAGUGCUGAACCAAAAUCUCCCACCUGUGGUCAGCUGGGUUGAGAUCAUGUGACUGUGAAGGCCAGAGCUAGUGAUGAAUGUCAUCUUCAUCCCAACGCCCUGCUAGGCCCCGAAACAGCAGAGGGAAGCGUUCCUUCACAGGAUGAAGCAGGAGGCAGCGAGCCUUCCCUCGCAGGUUUCACUGGUUUUUAUUUAAUUUGUCACUGUUCUGUAUUUUGCCAUCAGCCCAGAAACCUUACUGUGUUCACAUCACUUACCUGAGUUACACGAGUUUAGAUUUACUGAUUCUGUAAGACUUUUGGUUUUGGUGUUAUCAGAUGAGAUCAUGUAUCAAAUGAAAAACAGCCCUUCAGUGGAUAAACCUAGAAAUCCUGUUUUCCAUGUUUAGAACAUUAAACCUCAACAAAUGUUCAUUUAUUUUGCAAAGUGGUUUAUAAAAGUUAUCACUAGGAUCUUACAGCGACUAGUUUACAGCAGCUGUGAUGACCUCAGCUGUUCUGUUGUUCCAUCACUUUAAUAUUUUCACAACGAGGCCACGUCUUUGUGCGUCCUUUUGACACGUGUUCACAGAGUAAACCUGACACCAAUAAACCGGUCAAACAGCUCUCUCCUGUUGUCUCCAGUGGACGGGGUUAUUGUCCUGAUUCGAAUGAGAUGCGAUGGGAAAAUUGUGUCCCAG